AUGAGUGGCAACUUGUCCACGCCGGGCGGCAUCUCGGAUCCCGCCCUGAUCCAGCUCGUCAACAAGCUACAGGAUGUGUUUGCGACAGUCGGAGUCAACAACCCCAUCGAUCUUCCUCAAAUCGCCGUCGUCGGCAGUCAGUCAAGCGGAAAGAGUUCGGUGCUGGAAAACAUUGUUGGUCGCGAUUUCUUGCCCCGAGGCUCCGGCAUCUGCACGCGACGACCCCUCGUCCUGCAACUCAUCAACCGGCCCGCGCAGAGCAACGGCGUCUCCGAGGAUGAAGUCUCCACCGCCAACGACAAGGCUGCCAAUGCCGACGAAUGGGGAGAGUUCCUCCAUAUCCCCGGCCAAAAGUACUACGACUUCCACAAAAUUCGAGACGAGAUUGCCCGCGAAACAGAGGCCAAGGUCGGCAAGAACGCCGGCAUCUCCCCCGCCCCCAUCAACCUGCGAAUCUACUCUCCCAACGUCCUGACCUUGACACUCGUCGACUUGCCCGGCCUGACCAAGGUCCCCGUCGGUGACCAGCCCCGCGACAUCGAGCGACAGAUUCGCGAGAUGGUGCUCAAGUACAUCGGCAAGUCAAAUGCCAUCAUCCUGGCGGUGACGGCGGCCAACAUCGACCUGGCCAACUCGGAUGGCUUGAAGCUGGCGCGCGAGGUUGACCCCGAAGGCCAGCGGACCAUUGGUGUCCUGACAAAGGUCGACCUGAUGGACGAUGGCACCGACGUCAUCGACAUCUUGUCCAACCGCGUGAUCCCCUUGCGGCUGGGAUACGUGCCUGUCGUCAACAGGGGCCAGCGAGACAUUGACAACAGAAAGGCCAUCAACGUGGCCUUGGAGGCAGAAAAGGCCUUUUUCGAAAACCACAAGGCGUACCGCAACAAGAGCUCCUACUGCGGCACGCCGUAUCUGGCCCGCAAGCUAAAUCUCAUCCUGAUGAUGCACAUCAAGCAGACUCUGCCCGACAUCAAGGCACGAAUCGCCAGCUCGCUGCAAAAGUACUCGAGCGAGCUCGAGAGCCUGGGGCCGUCGAUGCUCGGAAACAGCGCAAACAUUGUCCUCAACAUCAUCACCGAGUUCACCAACGAGUGGCGCACGGUGCUGGACGGCAACAACACGGAGCUCUCGAGCACCGAGUUGUCGGGUGGCGCUCGAAUCAGCUUCGUCUUCCACGAGCUCUACUCCAACGGCGUCAAGGCCCUGGACCCCUUUGACGUGGUCAAGGACGUCGACAUCCGCACCAUUCUCUACAACUCGUCUGGGUCCUCGCCGGCGCUGUUUGUCGGCACCACGGCCUUUGAGCUCAUCGUCAAGCAGCAGAUCAAACGCCUCGAGGAUCCCAGCUUGAAGUGCGUGUCGCUCGUCUACGAUGAGCUGGUGCGGAUCCUGUCGCAGUUGCUGGGCAAGCAGCUGUAUCGCCGGUAUCCCGGGCUCAAGGAGAAGAUGCACGGCGUCGUCAUUGGCUUCUUCAAAAAGGCCAUGGAGCCCACCAACAAGCUUGUGCGGGACCUCGUUUCCAUGGAAGCCUGCUACAUCAACACUGGCCAUCCCGAUUUUUUGAACGGCCACCGGGCCAUGGCGGUCGUCAACGAACGCUACAACCCCACGAGGCCCGUCCAGGUUGACCCGAAAUCCGGCAAGCCGCUGCCGCAGUCUUCGACGCCAGCCAGAACCACCAGCCCGACAGUUCUCGACAUGGAGGGAGGCACAAACUCUGGCUUCUUUGGCAGCUUCUUCGCCGCCAAGAAUAAGAAGAAGGCUGCUGCCAUGGAGGCCCCGCCGCCCACCCUCAAGGCCUCGGGCACGCUGUCGGAGCGGGAGAACAUUGAGGUGGAGGUUAUCAAGCUGCUCAUUUCGUCGUACUACAACAUUGUCAAGCGCACCAUGAUCGACAUGGUCCCCAAGGCUGUGAUGCUCAACCUCGUCCAGUUCACCAAGGACGAGAUGCAACGAGAACUGCUGGAGAACAUGUACAGGACCGACACGCUAGACGACUUGCUCAAGGAGAGCGACUUCACCAUCCGCAGGCGGAAGGAGUGCCAUCAGAUGGUUGAGUCCCUGUCCAAGGCGAGCGAGAUUGUCAGCCAAGUCCAGUAA